AUCUUAGAGAGCACUAUUUCGUUCAACCUUCCCGAAAUCACAAUGAUACGUUUUAUCCAGAUCGUUUUAUCAGUUAUUGCUGUACUGUCGGGAUCCACUGUCGCAGCCAGUGAUAGCAAGAGUUAUACAGCUCUUAAGUUUGCUUAUGAUGGAAAUAGUUUGGUAACAUAUAGCCCAGACAUGACCCCCUUCACAGACAAAUUUACUAUUUGUGUGUGGGUUCGCAAACUCCAGUCAGGUGGUCCCCCUGCCCCAUUUGGUUAUAAAAAUUACGAGAUAUUCAUGACAGAUAACGGCUACUACAACAUACUGUUUGGUUCCCGCUCCCUGGAUAAUGUUCUGACUAGCAAGUUUACCUCGCCAGUAGGUACUUGGUUUAUGUACUGCUCCACGUGGAGCCUCGCUUCUAGAACCUUCAGAGUCUACGUUAAUGGUGAACUAGCAGGUACCCAGACCACACCCUCUGGGAGGAAGCUGCAGACAGGUGGUGCAUUUACUUUAGGGUCCAACAGUGGUCACUAUUUCGGUGGUGAACUGUUUAAUUUCAACAUGUACUCAAAAGAAAUGACAGCUACAGAAGUAGCUGCUAUGUCUUCAGGUGGUCUCUGUACAGAGAUACCUGAACAGUUGGAGGAGUAUAGAGUUAUAAAGUGGGAAGAUAUUGUGAAGCUGAGUAGAUCUGGUACUGUGCAGGAUUUAGACAUAGUAUGUACUGCUAUUGGAGCUGAACUGCAGAGGACGAGAGGAAAGCUGGAGGUGGCCGUUAGUGAAAAGAGUACUCUACAACUUUCAAUGAACAGGACGCAGAUAGAACUACAGGAAGUUCAGGGACUGUUCAACUCAACCCAGGAAGAACUAGUUGGGGUAAAGAGAGACCUAGAGGUAAUGGGAGGAGAGCUGAAUGAUACCAAAGUGGAACUUGAGGGAGUCAAGAGGGAGCUAGGGGUAAUGGGAGGAGAGCUGAAUGAGACAAAAAGUCAGCUUGAGGACACAAAGUUGGAGUUGGAGGAUACCAAGUUGGAGUUAAAGAACGUCACCGAGUCUAAAUGUGCGCUUCAGAAAGGCAACCUGACGAAGUGGGAUAUGUUUUAUUCGCCCGCUUAUUAUAAUAAAACAUUUACUCGCCGACUAUAUCAACAACUCACCACAACUUGGGACUCUAUUAGCAGUAGACUGCUUGGUAUGACGAUAACUGACAAGGUAAUUGAGCUGAUUAAAGAUCUGGAUGAUGAUCAGAUUUAUCACUGCGGAGAACUACUAUCAUAAACAUGAAGCCUUCCUACCGGAACAGUCUA